CACGAUUGGCCGUCGUCCUGUUCUCGUUGCUCGCUCCGUCGCCGUGCGAUCAUCAUGAGCCCCUAUCUCCCCGCCAGCCCUCCCCUCCCCCACGACCUUUCUCAUCUGCCCAAGACUCUCCAGUACAAGAAGGUGAUGAAACCCCUGUUGGAGAGGAAAAGACGAGCAAGGAUCAACCGAUGCCUUGAGGAGAUGAAGGAGCUGAUGAUGGGCACCGUAUCCAACACGUGUGCUCCACAGCAUCUGGAAAAGGCGGACGUCCUGGAACUGACAGUGGAGCACUUGAAGAAACUGGCAGAAAAGAGGAAAACGAUGGCAGAGGAUCCAGAGAUCCAAGUGAAGAGAUUCCAGGCCGGGUUUACCCGAUGUGUGCAGGAGGUAGCAGGGUUCUUCCAGGCUGCACCUGGUCAUGGGAUCGGAGUAGACGUGGAGCAGAGGUUGAUGAGACACCUGACCCGCUGCAUUGGACAUCUGAGACGCGACAAAGCGUCUCCUCUCUCGGUCGCAGUCCCCGUUCCCGGCCCACGUGGACCUCUUCGCCCUCAGCCCUCCCAUCUACCGCAGUCGACUGGACUCUUGAUGCCGGCUUGGCAACACAGAUGUCAGGACCAUCUACGUCAAAAUCAGCCCGCGACAAUGGGGCUAGACCUGAGAGUGAAGAAGGGAGAAGAGGAGGACGUUUGGCGACCCUGGUGAAAUCUGAGGAUUCCUUUGGUCUGCCUUGUUGCAUCUGAUCUCGACGCCUGUGAUUAUCUUUUAUACUUGAAAUUUCGCUUUAUCUCCGUAACUUGUAUGCCACGAGUCUUUCAGUCCGGAAUUAGCAAUGAAGUUUUUAUGAUUAUGUCCUUUGAAA